AGGGUGACCCGGCCGGGGGACGGUUCCGACGAGCAUGUUGGCUCGGUGCAUCUCGGUCGUCGAGUGAUGUGGACCUCGCGUGAGAGUCGUGUAAUUUGACGAGUUAGAUGAAGCGGGUUCACGCGCGCUCGCUGCAUGCAAGAAUUUUUCAGUCUAUGGCUUUCCUCUCUCUUAUCCUCACAGCCUUUUGCAUUUCUUCCUAUUUUGGCUUUUCAUGCAAUCUGGCUCGGCACCCUCUCGACAUAUAUCUCUGCAACCACCUAACAUCCCCAACUCACUCUCUGCUCUCUCUCUCUCUCUGUCCAUAACUUGCAGUUCCCUUCAUUCUUCUGUGUGGUGACUGAGAGUGAAAAGAAACUGGCUGAAAUGGAUGACCCAAAAGCGCCGACUUCUGCUGCUUCGGGUCCCAAGAAGCCUCGGGCGAACAAGUACGUUCUGUUCUGUGCCAUCUUGGCCUCCACGAACUCCAUCCUCUUGGGCUACGACAUCGGGGUGAUGAGCGGUGCUGUGAUCUGCAUCAGAGAGAACCUUAAAAUCACGUACGUCCAAGGACAAUUCCUCGUGGGCAUACUCAACGUCUGCUCGCUGGUCGGCUCUCUGGCCUCCGGCAAGACCUCCGACCUCAUUGGGCGGCGCUACACCAUAGUCCUUGCCGCGUCGACCUUCCUGAUCGGCGCCCUGUUGAUGGGCCUCGCACCGUCGUACGCGCUCCUCAUGGCGGGCCGUGUCGUGGCCGGUAUCGGGGUGGGGUACUCCCUCAUGAUCGCACCGCUCUACACGGCCGAGAUUGCCCCGGCCUCGGUGAGGGGGAUGCUCACCUCCCUCCCGGAGUUCUUCAUCGUGGCGGGGAUCUUGCUCGGGUUCGUUUGCAAUUAUGCCCUCGCCGGCCUCCCCGAGUGGCUCAACUGGAGGAUAAUGCUUGGAAUUGCUGCCAUACCGGCGAUCGGCCUCGGGUCAAGCAUCAUGUUCAUGCCCGAAUCGCCUCGGUGGCUCGUCAUGAAAGGCAGGAUUGAGGAGGCGAAAAGGGUGUUGUUAAAGACUUCAAGAGAUGAGGAAGAGGCUGCAUUAAGACUCCAUGAGAUCACCCAAGCUGCUCAGGAUGAUGCAGAUUUGGCCUCUUCAAAAGGAUGGAGUGGGCAAGGGGUAUGGAAGGAAUUCCUCCAUCCCUCGCCCGCCCUCCGCCGGAUCCUCAUCACUGCGAUCGGGAUCAACUUCUUCAUGCAAGCCUCCGGGAACGACGCCGUGAUUUAUUACACCCCUGAAGUGUUUAAAGCCGCUGGGAUUCUCAACAAAAAGAAGCUGUUCGGGAUCAACGUGAUCAUGGGCUGCACUAAGGCCGCGUUCGUGAUGGUCUCGGCCCUGUUCUUGGACCGGUUCGGGAGGCGCCCGCUCUUGCUAUUGGGCACGGUAGGGAUGGCCUGUUCCCUGGCCGCUCUAGGCCUGGGCUCGAAGUUCCUCGAGCACUCGGGGAGCAAGCCGGUCUGGGCCAUCGUGGUGAGCAUCGUGGCGGUGUGCGCGGACGUCUCGUUCUUUUCGAUCGGGCUCGGGCCCAUCACUUGGGUCUACUCCUCGGAGGUGUUCCCGCUUCGGCUGCGGGCCCAGGGCACGGCCCUUGCGAUCUCGGUGAACCGGCUGAUGAGCGGGGCCGUGUCGAUGUCGUUCUUGAGCAUCAGCCACAGGAUAACAUUCGGGGGCAUAUUCUUUGUGCUCUGUGGGGUGAUGGUGUUGGGGAGUCUGUUCUUCUACUUCUUCUUGCCCGAGACAAAGGGCAGGACAUUAGAAGAGAUUGGUGCUUUGUUUGAGGACAAGAAUGAAGUUGAUAACACUAAGGCGAAGGAGAUGACACAGUUGUAGUGCAUAAGAAAGUGCAUAUAUCUCUUCUAGAUGGACUUGCGAGGAGCGCAAAGUGACUUUGUUUUAGAUAAUGGGCUUGUAUAAUGAAAUUUAAAUUAAAGUAAUGAAAAAUUAAAGCACUAGUUUUAUGUGUGGA